GUUAGUGGCACUAAUCACCUCCCAUAUCAUCCAGGAAAUAGUAACAUCCAGUGGAUGCAGCGACUCCAGAGGCGUGGAUUCCCAGCACUGUUGUCUUCUUCAGGAUAAAUAGCCUCUUUGCCUUUAACUCUACUGUACCCCAGUGUGCAGAGAAAUGUAGUGUUAGCCUUCUGAAAAAGAUGUGCAGUCUAGUUGCUUCUAAUAAUCUUAUUUUUGCCACACCGACGCCUUAUUGCAUUAUGGAUGCCUCGGGAAUGGUGUCCCUUCAAGAUAGCGUGGGAAUAUUUCAGUAGAGGCUCUGCAUCUCCGGGCUAAAUGCUCCAGCAUCAUCCUAAUUUAACCGCUUGUACCUACAUCUCAUUUACCGUAAGCUGUCACCGUGUCAUGCCUGUUGUCUGAGUCCAGGCGGUGUGCAUGGGGAUGCGUUUCUUUUAUCCGCAGCUGAAGACUUUAUUCUCUGCAUGCCGGAUUUAAGAAGACAGGAGCGCUAUGCGGGAGUAUAAGGUGGUGGUGCUCGGCAGCGGCGGGGUGGGGAAGUCGGCGCUCACGGUCCAGUUUGUCACCGGGACAUUUAUAGAGAAGUACGACCCGACUAUUGAAGAUUUCUACAGAAAGGAGAUCGAGGUGGACUCCUCUCCGUCGGUGCUUGAGAUCCUCGACACCGCCGGCACCGAGCAGUUCGCCUCCAUGAGGGACCUUUACAUCAGGAACGGCCAAGGCUUCAUCCUGGUCUACAGUCUGGUCAACCAGCAAAGUUUUCAGGACAUCAAGCCCAUGAGAGAUCAGAUCAUCAGGGUCAAAAGGUACCAGCAGGUGCCGGUGGUGCUGGUGGGUAACAAGGUGGACCUGGAGGAGGAGAGGGAGGUGUCCCCCAGUGAGGGCCAGGCGCUGGCCGAGGACUGGGGCUGCCCUUUCAUGGAGACAUCGGCCAAAAGCAAGACCAUGGUGGACGAGCUUUUCGCCGAGAUCGUCAGGCAGAUGGACUUCUGCCCUCUGCCAGACCGGAGAGAGGCCUGCUGCCCCGCCUGCAGUGUACAGUAGCAGCCUGAUAUGCCUGCUGGAGGGGUGAUGGAUGAGAGGAUGUUAGAAAUUAGAAUGCAAAUGAAUUCCUAUGAGAUAGAUUGAAGGAUGGAGGGGGUCAAGAGGAAAAAAAAUCCACUCUUGCUAUCACUAUUUCUACCUGCUUUUCUGUAUCUAGCAGUUCAGGCAUGUGCUCUGGUUAAGAGGCAUUCUGUGGAAUGUAGGAAAGCGCUAAGUAAAGCAGAAGUAGACAAAGCAGGUUAAGGGAAAUUUUAAUUUCAUCACUUCUGAGACACAGGCUGGGUUUUCCCUUGAAAGGAAAAACACUUGACCUCCCACAUCCAUCACCGUCCUCCUGGUUAACAGAGGCAAAUUUACGGGGGUUUCCCAAAGGCAGCACGGUGCCAAAACCAUCUUAAAAGCCAUCUACAAAGUGGAUCAUAGUGCUAAAUGCUUUUGGGAAACCAGCCAUAGGUCCAAGCAGGGAUGGCAAUGUGCUCAGCAGUUUUAUUGGUCCUGUUUUCUUCUGCUUGUGUUUUUCUUUUUUGCACUUUUGAGACUUUUUGAGCUUGUACCAGGAAAGACCGAUCACCAAGUAUCUGAACGCGGAUGUCAAGUAACACCACUGUGAAGGAGUCGUACUGGAAGUCAGUUUUACAGCAGGCCCGCCUAACUACGAAUGAAUGAAUGAACAGAUGAACGAAUGUCUUACAAGGAAAUCGCACCUUUGGGGAAAUUCAUUCGGAAGAUCCCAAAUGUUGUCAUACUGUGGAUGAUGUGUGCAUGAAGUCGUGCCGUCACACUGACACUGAGUACAAUCAAUCUCACCCAAAGAGACAGUAUCAAUCAAUCAACCAGUCAAUCAAUCAGUCAUUAAAAUGUACGAACACUCGUCUUUACACCUUACAGAUGAUACAAAUGCCUUGUUACAUUGUAUGAAGUGAACAUCAGUGUCAGUGUAUAGUUCAUUUAUCUUAAGUCACAUGAGAUAUGUUAGUGGUUUAAUGUCAGAAACACUUAUUUUCAACAAAAAAAAUAAAUCUUUAUGCACAAAUGUGUCUUGCUCAU